UUCAUUUCUGACCAGUGCCUGUGCACAUAAUCUGAUGACGUUUUGGAAAUUGGGGAAAAAAAUAUUUGGCGGGAAAUUUUGACAGCUUACAAAAAUAGAAAUAAAUUGGUGGCAGAAUUAGAGAGAUGUUUAAAUGGAAAAGAGAGAACUGUCCACUUUACCAUUAGCUCCUUUAUACAAGAAUAGACUGCAUGUGGCUGGAUUUAGAACUGUACAAGAUUUGAUAAGUGUAGAUGCAGAAAUUUUAAGUAAAGAUACAGGAUUAAAUGUUCCAGACUGUAGAGAUAUUAUACAAUUGGCUAAAGACUGUAAAUCAUGUAUACCCAAACCAAGAACUGCCCUGCAAAUCUUCAACAGAGAAAACUCGACUGCUGGUAUUAUGACGUUCUCAGAGAAACUUGAUACAGCACUGGGUGGUGGUAUACAAUGUGGCAUGUUAACAGAGAUAUGUGGCGUUCCUGGUGUUGGUAAAACACAGCUGUGCUUACAGUUAUCGUGUGAUGUGCAGAUCCCGGCUUUAUUUGGCGGUCUGGAAGGAGAGGUUCUAUAUAUAGACACAAAGGGCGGAGUAAUCAAUGACAGAGUUACAGACCUUGUUGAAGCCACUGUCAGACAUUGUCAUCUCAUCGCAAGUGGAGAAAAUGACAAAGAUGUACAGGCCACUGUACAGAAAAUGACUGUAGAAAAAUUUCUAGGAGGUAUCCAUAUAUACCGCUGCCAUGACAGCAGUGAACUUCUUUCUGUAGUUAACCUACUGCCAGAGUUGUUGCAACAGAACAAAAAUAUAAAACUUGUGGUGAUUGACAGCGUUGCGUUUCAUUUUCGGCACGACUUUGAGGACUUGUCCUUGAGAACACGAGUCCUGACCAACCUUGCUCAGUGUUUGAUCAGAACGGCUAGAGAAUACAAGAUAGCAGUUGUUGUUACCAAUCAGAUGACGACAAGGGUUCACCAGGGAACUGAUAAAGGUUCACACUUAGUACCUUGUUUAGGGGAGAGUUGGGGCCAUGCUUGUACCACGAGGGUAAUAUUGGAGUUUGUUCGAGACACAAGAUUGGCCUGGUUGUACAAAUCUCCAUCACAACCGCAGGCAAAGAUUCCAUUCCAGAUUACAAAAGAUGGAAUAAGAGAUAUUGUUGAUGAUUAUAAACAAGAGCAAAAUGUCCAGACAGACGUGAUCUCGGGCAGUUCCAUGGAAAACACAGACAGUUCCGUAGUAAAUCCAGCCAAAAGACAAAAACUAUCAUGAUAUUCAGAAUUUAUUUUCUCGAGAUGGGAUCAUAUAGACUUUUAUGCUCCCUUUGCUUUUGGGGGAAAAGGGGAGCACACAGAUUUGCCCUUGUCCAUUAGUCUUGCUGUCUGUCUAAAGACUAACAAAAAGUGGAAUGUGGAGGCAUUUGUGUACUUUUGUUGUGUAAUUUAAAUUGCAUUUUUAUUCACUUAACUGUUGUUUAUUGUUACAUCAUGACAUCUCUGAAUGUAAGACAUCAUUCUUUUUUUGUUGGCUUUUAUCUAAUGAAAUACCUUUAUAUUGUACAAAAAAUUAUUCAUUGCUAUGAAUGUUAAAUUUAUUAUGAAAAUAUGUUAGUUGAGUGUUGUUUGAAUGUAGGCAUAUUUUAUACAUUUAAUAGAAUAACUCGAUGAAAUUCUGUAUAAAUUUUCAUGAGUCUGUAAAAAAUAAAAAAAUAUUGUACAUUAUUUAUAAAAUUUCUAAGAUGUAUAUUUUUCUAAAAUGUUGAUUGAAACAAUGCUAUAAGUGUACAAGUAUAAUUUUACUAUUGUAGCCAAAUAAUCUUUCUAUUUUGGACUUAAAAGUUGUACAAAUUUGAGCAAUUAUCUCUUAAACUAAUUUAUAGUUGUGAACAAAAGUUGUUAAAAUAAAGAAUUAGAAAAUUUUCCAUUAUUUGUGUCAAAUUACAGAUUUACGGCAUAUAUUAAUAGAUCAAUGGUAAACAAAUCGUGAUAUUAAUUUUGUGUAUGUAAACUUAAAGAAACUCGAGUAUACAUUAAUUUUAUUGAUAUGAGCAUUUUACUGUUGUUUUACUAAAUUAAAGCCUUUCCAAAUGAUACUUUUUAUGCCCCCACAAAUUGGGAGCAUAAUAGCCUUGCACUUGUCUGUCCUUCCGUCCAUCCGUACGUCCUGAAAUCUUGUGAAUGCAACUCCUCUUAAACCGGAUGGCAGAUUUUGCUUAAACUUCCAGGGAUGAACAACCUUAAUGUGUAGAUUGUAGUAAAGGAAGGAAUUUUUGCUGCGACCAAAUUUAACAGAAUUAUGGCCCUUUGUUGAUUUUUUUCACUAUAUACUAUGUAGAAAUUUUGUGAAAGCAACUCCUCUUAAACUGGAUGGCAGAUUUUGCUUAAACUUCCAGGGAUGAACAACCUUAAUGUGUAGAUGGUAGUAAAGGAAGGAAUUUUCGCUGCGACCAAAUUUAACAGAAUUAUGGCCCUUUUUUGAUUUUUAGUUUUCAACUUGUGGCACAUGUAGUCCAAAAAAUAUUUGACCUAGAGUCAUAAGAUUAACAAAACAGUGGUGUGUGGGGGCAUCCGUGUCCUAUGGACACAUUUCUAGUUAUUUGUGGCCUAGUGGUUAAGGUGGUUGAAUUCAAACCUAUGGCCUCUUGCUGCUGUGGGUUCGAAAGUCGACGGACUUUUGAUUCUUUCAUGCGAGGAAGCUGUUUGUGCAGAUUUUAUGGAAGAAUUAAGGUUGGAAUAUUACUGGUAUUUUUAUUGAUAGUAAUAACUUUUGUCCCGAGAUUAAUGUUGUGUUUCUGUUUAUUAUUCAUGUAGCUGUUAAGAUUGAAAUAAAAUGUUAUUUAAUUUUAAUCUUAGUUUCUGUUUAACUGAAUAUUGACCUGCCGUUAGAGCUGGCCUGCAU